AUGUCUCACAUCUACUUGAACUCGUCAAUGCUCCAGCAAUUGAACCACACAGUUCAAGAAUACGUGGCCGAUUGGAUGCGUUCUCAGCCGUUGCAUUUCAACAACACCAAACUGGUUUCCAACCCAGCAACCAUGAAAACCAGCUCGACGACAUUCCUCGUUACUCUGGCCGUUGCAUACGUGCUAUAUCGCUGGAUCUUUCCUGUGGCCCAGAGACAAACGUCCAAACCCGUGAGUUUCGGGCUACCAUUGCCAGAAGCAGCCCAGAAACACUGGAAGGGCAAACGUCUACAUUCUAUAUCGGGGAUACCCUCUAAUGGUUCUUCAGACGACUCCCAGCGGAUUCAGUGUCACUGUCCUGCCACUGGCCAAGUUCUGGGCUCUUUUCCCUCGAUGACAGAAAAAGACAUCGAUGUGCUGGUGUCCAAAGCUGCUCACGCACAAGUCAAAUGGCGCGAAACGUCUUUUGACGAGCGUAUUAGAGUCCUCGUGUCGCUCCAAGACUAUAUCCUGGAAAAUCAGGACUUGAUUGCCCGAGUGGCUUGCAGAGACUCCGGUAAGACUAUGCUGGACGCCUCGAUGGGGGAAAUUCUUGUCACCUUGGAAAAACUGCAGUGGAUUAUCAAACACGGGAAGAAGGCUCUGCAGCCCUCAAAGCGUCCGGGACCUACAAAUUUCUUCAUGAAAUGGUACAAAGGAGCCGAGGUUAGAUACGAGCCCUUGGGAGUCAUCGGUGCGUUGGUCUCGUGGAACUAUCCCUUCCACAACCUGCUGGGCCCGAUCAUCGCAGCAAUUUUUACCGGUAAUGCUAUCGUCAUCAAGUGCUCGGAACAAGUGGUAUGGUCCUCUGAAUAUUUCAUCACCAUCUGCAAAAAAUGUCUUGAAUCGUGUGGCCACGAUCCUGACUUGGUCCAGUUGUGCUACAGCAACCCUCCCACUGCAAACGACAAUACCGCCAAUUAUUACUCCUCCCACCCACAGCUCAAACACUUGACAUUCAUUGGUAGCAAGCCUGUCGCACACCAUGUCUUGGCAGCAGCGUCGAAGAGCUUGACUCCGGUUUGCGUCGAGCUGGGAGGCAAAGAUGCUUUGAUCUGUUUAGACUCCUUUAAGGACUUGAAUGCAUUGUCUUCGAUCAUCAUGCGGGGCACUUUCCAGUCGUCUGGACAAAAUUGUAUUGGUAUCGAGAGAGUCAUAGUUGCAGCCACUAACUAUGACAAAAUGGUCUCGAUUUUGGAAAAAAGAGUCGGGAAGCUUCGGUUGGGCUCGGACAUUGACAAUCUGGAAGACGUCGAUAUGGGAGCCAUGAUAUCAGACAACAGGUUCGAACAAUUAGAGAAAAUGAUCGAAAGUGCCGUAAAACAAGGUGCCCGCCUACUACACGGAGGUGCACGCUACAAACAUCCUAACUAUCCGCAAGGACAUUAUUUCCAGCCAACUUUGCUGGUAGAUGUUACGCCUGAAAUGGACAUUGCUCAAAACGAAGUUUUUGGACCCGUUCUAUCCAUGAUGCGUGGUAAAGACACCGAUGACUGCGUGCGUUUGGCCAAUUCUGCUCCUUUUGGGCUUGGUGGAUCUAUAUUUGGUAGCGAUUAUGCCGAAUGCAACCGUGUCGCCAAUCAACUACACAGCGGUAAUGUCGCAAUUAAUGAUUUUGCAACGUUUUAUGUUUGCCAACUACCAUUUGGUGGGAUCAAUGGCUCCGGGUACGGUAAGUUUGGCGGUGAAGAAGGUUUAACAGGUCUUUGCAAUGCGAAAAGUGUCUGCUACGACAAAUUGCCCUUCAUUUCAACUCAAAUUCCAAAGCCAUUAGACUAUCCUAUCAAGAGCAAUCGUGCUGCUUGGGCCUUCGUUAAGUCCUUUAAUACUGGCUCCUACACGAGAUCAGCUUGGGUGAGAAUCAAGUCACUGAUCUCAUUGGCCAAAAAUGCCAACUGA